AAACCAUUUCUUCACAGAUUGCAGACUGAAGACCAUUUGUAGUUGAUUUAUUCCUAGAACUCAUGGAGGCUAUCAAGGGUUCUAGACUUAUUGCAAUAUCAGCAACUCUUUUAGUCAUUUCAGCAAUAUUAAUUAAAGGGCAGAUUAGGACACCAUGUACAACAUCAAUGAUCAAUAGCUUUACCCCAUGUUUUAAUUUCAUUACUGGAAGUAGCAAUAAUGGUUCAUCACCAACAUCUGACUGUUGCAGUUCCUUGCAGUCACUCACCAGCACGAGUGUGGAUUGUGCUUGUCUCGUACUAACCGCCAAUGUGCCUGUACUCCCUAUAAACCGAACUCUAGCACUUUCUCUUCCACAAGCAUGUAACAUGGCCGUGCCCGUACAAUGCAAAGCCUCCAGUGCACCCCUACCAGCUCCGGGUACUGUCUCACUUGGACCAAGUCCCUCACCUAUAGCUGCUUCUCCUUUGAGUCCACGAGGUCCUAUUUCACAUGUACCAAGUCCCUCACCUAUAGCUGCAUCUACUUUGAGUCCACGAGGUCCUAUCUCACAUGUACCAAGUUCCUCACCUAUAGCUGCUUCUCCUUUGAGUCCACGAGCUUCUAAGGCAGUGGCACUAGCUCCAGCACCACAAUCUGACACAACUCUGCAAUUGACACCAGCAUCUCCACCAGUGGAAACAAAAGCACCCACAACAAAUCCGGGAAUUCGACCUGUGCUGACCCCACCAGCAUCUGCUUCAUCUUAUGUUUCUCCAGCACCUAUCCUAGCACUACUUGUUGGAAUUAUGGUGUUUUGAGUACUGCUAAGUUCUAUCUCAAAAAAAAAAGAAAAAGAAAAAUGGUACUACUAAAGUUGCUUCCUAUUUUGUUUUUGUAGUCCUUCCUUCAAUAAAUAUUUGACUCUGUUUCUCAGGGUUGAGAAUAUACUUGUUUUAGAUUUGUUUGGAGCUCCAUGAGGGCCAUUGUAUGUCAAGUAUCUUUGGUUGUUUGAUGCAA